AUGACUUGGAUAAAAAUAUCAGAAUGUAUCUGUUUUAGAUAUUAACUUUGCUUUUUUUAUGCCUUCAAUAUUUUAUUUUGAAAGUCAGAAUAUGAAGCAAAUUCUCAGACUGAGCUACUUCUUGGACCUCGCUGGAAGAAUUUUUCAUUCAGUGUCUCAUGUAUGAUAAUUUUGCAGGCUGCUCAUUUUCCAACAGCUUUUUGCAUGGGAUAGAAGCAUGUCCAUUCUAACACAUCGGUUUAUUCAAAAGCAAGAAUUUUUUAAAUAAGAUAAAUGUUAAGUUGGUUUAUAAAUGAGCCUGUGAAUUAAACCAGAGGUACUGCAUAUCAUUCCACAUCCUUCGACCAAUAAAAGUUGCUGGAGAAUCAA